AUGAAACUACUGACACCGAUAUCUAAUAGCUGUCUACUACUUUGUACGUUACUAACAAGCUUACUGUUUUUAACAACACUCACAAUGGCAUCCGACUCGUCAUCACCAAUCCCUUCGAAAGAUCACAAUACAAAACAAUACUUCGCCAUAGAAACGGAACUAACACCGCAGGAAAUACUCCAGGACUACCCCAAUUGGCAAUACGAACAUCCCGCAAGAGGAAUCCCGAACCAUUACGUUUUCUCCCGACCAUUAUUAUCCAUCACCAACAAGAAUAACCUGAACAAACGUUCCCUUGCCAACGAGGAAGCAGAUGAUGAAUCAAUCCUAUCAUUUCAAGAUUUACCAUCUCUUCAAAACCAUCUUUUUAAGAGAGCUCCAGUACCACCACUAGACUCCAGUCUGAUCCCUAUCAAAGAUGUUCAAGAUAAAUUGCGUAUCAACGAUCCAUCAUUCCCUAAACAAUGGCAUCUAAUCAACCCUGAAUUUCCCGGUAACGACGUCAACGUUAAAAAGUUAUGGUAUGAAAAUAUAACAGGGGAGGGUAUAGUCGUCGCAAUAGUGGAUGAUGGUCUUGAUUAUGAAAACCCUGAUUUGAAAGAUAACUUUUCAGCUGAAGGUUCAUGGGAUUUCAACGAUAAUACACAAUUACCCAAACCAAGAUUGGCUGAUGAUUACCAUGGGACAAGGUGUGCUGGUGAGAUUGCUGCUACGAAGGAUAAUGGAUUUUGUGGAAUUGGUGUCGCUUAUAAUGCAAAAGUUGCCGGAAUUAGAAUCUUGUCUGGUGAGUUGACUGCAGAAGAUGAGGCAGCUUCAUUGGUUCAUGCAUUGGAUGUUAAUGAUAUUUAUUCUUGUUCUUGGGGUCCCAAGGAUGAUGGGACUCAUUUACAAGGACCUACAGAUUUGGUUAAGAAGGCAAUGAUUAGGGGGACUUCUGACGGGAGAGAUAAGAAGGGUGCCAUUUAUGUAUUUGCAAGUGGUAAUGGUGGUGCAUUUGGUGAUAAUUGUAAUUAUGAUGGUUAUACAAAUUCUAUUUAUUCAAUUACAAUUGGUGCUCUUGAUCAUAAGGGGUUACAUCCACCAUAUUCAGAAAGUUGUUCUGCUGUUAUGGCAGUUACGUAUUCUUCCGGAUCAGGCGAAUAUAUUCAUUCCACAGAUAUUGGUAAUAAAUGUAGUGAUCAUCAUGGUGGGACAUCUGCUGCCGCACCAUUAGCAGCAGGUAUAUUCAGUUUAGUUUUACAAGUGAAUCCAAAUUUGACAUGGAGAGAUUUACAAUAUAUUUCCAUUUUAUCAUCUAAACAAGUUAAUGUAAAUGAUGGCAAUUGGAAUAAAGGUGCCCUGGGUAAACCAUACUCGCAUAAAUAUGGUUAUGGGAAGAUAGAUGCCUAUGAGAUGGCGAAUUUGGCCCGUGAUUGGGAAAAUGUUAAUGCACAAUCUUGGUUCUAUUCCAAGACACAUAAUGUUUCCAAAUCUACCAAUGUGGUGGCAGAUACUCUGCAAUCCAGUAUUAAGAUUGAUAAACAAGAUUUAGAAGACGCAAACUUGAAAAGAAUUGAACAUGUUACUGUCACUGUACAUAUCGAUACAGUUGUUAGAGGUGCUACCACCAUUGAUUUAGUAUCCCCAGACGGGAUGGUUUCCAAUUUAGGUGUCAUAAGGAAAAGGGAUGUAUCAUCUGAAGGUUUCCAAGAUUGGACGUUUAUGUCUGUUGCUCAUUGGGGUGAAUCUGGAGUUGGUGAAUGGAAAUUGAAAGUUAGAACCACGCAAGAAGGAAAUGAAGUCAAAUUUAAGACGUGGAGGAUCAAAUUAUUUGGUGAGUCCAUAGAUAGUUCUAAGGCGGAAAGAUUUAUUUUUGGCAAUGAUAAAGAGGAAGAAGAAAAUAAUAAGGGUGUUUCUGAAACUGUUAGUAGUCCUAUUUUAUCAGCCACAGAUUCUACAAGCAUAACAUCUACUGCAGUUCCAUCAAUCACUAUAAGUCCAACAUCCACAAAUACAAGUCCUGAAGAUUCAGAAGGUAUGUCUAGCGAUACAGAUCCUAAUGUACCAAACAAACUACCAUCUCCUGAACAAGCCAUGCAUUAUUUUAUUACAUUAUUCGUCCUUGGUGCCAUUUUCCUACUGAUAUAUUCAAUGUUUUUCGUCAAAUCGAGAAGAAGAAUAAGAAGAUCAAGAGCCGAAGCAUACGAAUUUGAUAUCAUUGAUUCAGAUUCAGAUUAUGAUUCUACGUUUGAUGGCAGCCUAGCUUCUAACCCUGGUUUGGCAGAUGCCUCUACUCAUGUUGAUGAUUUUGAUUUCGAUCUCUCUGAUGAAGAUCACUUAUCUUCGGACCUUGCUAAUACUGACUCAGCCAGAAUAGACGGGAUACUACAAGAGAAUCCAUUCAAGGACGCUUCAGCGUCUACGGAUACAGUGAUGGAACCAGAUUCACCAACAGCUAAUGACACUCUCAUACAGAAGGACACGCCAUCAGCUAAUGAUGCAACUAAUGUAAGUCCGAAAUAA